GCGCGGCCACGUCACGGCGCGUGCGCUCUCCGCGCGCCGGCAACUGCCGUGUGGACGUUACCCUCUCCGCGUGCUGGUUUCCUUGGAGACCGAACCGGCCCUGGAGGCCGGGACAGGCAACGACGAGGCUGAGUUCCUGGAGAAGCCAAGAUGCCGCCGAAGAAAAAGGACAAACGGAAAGGGCAGGGCAAGGGCAAAGGCAAAGACUCUAAGAAGAUGAUAAGACCAGAAGAUAUUGUGGUGGAACAAGCCAAGGCCAAUGCCUCUCUUUGGGAGGCUAGGUUGGAAAUCACUGAACUCUCUAGGAUUGAGUAUCGUGAUACUUCUCGGAGACUGGCCAAAAGUAAUGAGGACUUAAAGAAACUGCAGUACAAAAUGGAAAAAGACACCAUGUCCAUAUUAAGCUACCUGAAGAAGCAGGAUCAGGAAAAAGAUAAUAUGAUUGAAAAGCUAAAACAACAACUGGCUGAGACGAAAGAAAAAGCUCAAGAGGAGAAGGAAAAAUUAGAACAAAAGCAUACUACACAAAUAAAUGAGCUGGAGGGACAGUUCCAUCAAAAAGCCAUAGAAAUUGGCAUGAUUCAGACAGAGCUAAAAACAAUAAAACAAUUCCAGAAGAGAAAAGUUCAAGUGGAGAAAGAAUUAGAUGAUCUGAAGGAAAAUUUAAGAAAUACAGAGAAGAAACAUCAGGAAUCUCUUAGCAGAUUGGAGAGCAGAUUUUUUGAAGAAAAGCACCGACUAGAAAAAGAGGCUGAAAAGAAGAUAGUAACGCUGGCAGAGAGAGCCCACCAUGAAGCUGUGACGCAAUUGAAUGCUGCUGGAAGAAAUGUUUUUAAAGAGAAUAUUUGUCUCCAGAAAGCUCUCACAUACCACCUGAAGGAAGCUGAUGCUCUACAAAAAAACUCUGAGAAGUUGCAAGAGAAUCAUACUUUCCUUUUACAUCAAAAGGAGAUCAAUGAUCUAUUGAUUAAGGAAAAGAUUUUGCAACUUACCCAGCAGAGAACACAAAUCCAAGUUCUUCGAAAGAAGGUGGUAAACUUGGAGAAGGCUUUGAGUUUUAUGACCAAAGAGUUUGAGACUGAAGUUUCAAAACUGCAGCAACAGGCAAUUAUAGAGAACCAAGCAGGUCGGGGGGAAAUUGACAAGCUGCAACACCUUCUUCAGCUGAAAGACAAGGAAAUGAAUCGUGUGAAGAAGCUGGCCAAGAACAUCCUGGAUGAGAGAACAGAAGUGGAAAGAUUCUUUUUAGAUGCUCUACAUCAAGUGAAGCAACAGAUCUUACUCAGCAGAAAGCAUUAUAAGCAGAUAGCACAAGAUGCUUUCAAUGUAAAAAUGAGAAAGGCAUAUGCAGGAAAAACAGAAUAUCCUCUAAUCAGGACAUUUGAUGGCAGAGAACACAGCACCAAUAGUGUGAAUCAGGAUCUUAUGGAGGCUGAAAAAUGGACAAGUACUGAAAGAAAUGUGGAUAUUGCAGAUUUGACCUGGGAGCAGAAGGAAAAAGUCUUGAGAUUGCUCUUUGCAAAAAUGAAUGGUUUUAUUCCUAGGAAAUACAACCAGUCUUCUAGGACUUCAGUUCCAGAUUUCUUUGUUUCUGACAGUAGAGAAUUGAAAGGAUUUGGGGAUGAAAGUAAACUUCAAGAUCAAACCUUUAUCACCCAGCAAGUUGAAGUAUCAGACUCUAGUGAAAUGACAUCAUCCAAUACAAAAGGAUCUCAGGAGUCCAAGAAAGUAAGGAGUCUGUAAUCUAAUUGAGUGAUACAUACAGCUAUUACCUUUCCCCAUGCAGCUUCUUGCUAACCCUUAGUUGUUUUCUCUACUGGCUAUCUAGGAGCUUUCAGGGAUCAGUGAAAUGAAUAACAAAUAGCACUAGUAUGAGAUACUAGAAAUUUUUAUAAUAAUCACACUAACGCUGGAAAUACAAAAUACAAAUGGAUAUGUAUCUCUUUUAGUGUAGAAAACCUGUAGAUUACCUUUGAAAUAAGUAGCCUACUGGUGUGGUGGCAUACUCCUGUAAUCCCAGUGUCUAGGAGGUUGAAGCAGAAAGAUCAAAGUUCAAGGCCAGCCUCAGAAACUUAGUGAGGCCCUAAGCAACUUAGUGUGAGACACCUGUCUCAAAAUAAAAAAUAAAAAGAUCUGGAGAUGUAGCUCAGUAGCAAAGCACCCCUGCCAGUACCAAAAAAAAAAAAAAAAAAAAAAGGAAAAGAGCAGUAUAGUCAAAAUGUAUACUAUCUGUUAUAUAAACACAAACAUAAUGACAUUACUCUUAACUUUGGACAUAGGGUGAGAAGUCUAUGUCCAAGUCACUACAACCUAGGGGACAAAAGCAUUAUAAGGAAUUAUGGCACCAUUAAAAGAAAAAAGACAGAUUUCUUUCUUUUUAGGAGCUUUUUAUUUGUAAUUUGUUAUGAAUAAUCAAUUAGCAGAAUGUACAAUCUGAGAAAGUUCAAAUGAAGCCAUAUCAGAUCAAAAAAGAGAAAAAUAUUGAAUUCUUUAGUUGCUACUAACAUGAACACAACUGUACACUUUUGAAUAGCAAGUAGUUAGCCAAAUGAGUUUAUUCCAAUGAGAGCAACACAAUUCUGAUUAGUCAGUAUUUUUUAAAAAGUGAUUUUCCUUAAAUGUAAGGAAAAUGUUAGGAAUCUUCGUGGUUAUGUUUAAUUCCACUUGGAAUUUAGGCAAUAAUAAAUUUUUAUUCAACCCAGUCUGAAGUUGUUGGAUUGUAUUAAAUAUCAGCUGUGUUUUAUAAGACAGAAAACAAGGGGCAAUUGUAUUCUCAAACUAUAAAUUUCUAUUGCCUCACUUGUAGGGAGGCAGAAAAAACAAACAAAAACCCAGAGUAAGGUUCCAAGUGUAUUUUGUUUCAGUCACCUUAAAUUAUUGAAGGUUCUGACAUUCUAUCCAUGCACAACAUUUUCAAAGUACUUCACACUCCAUAACUCCCCAUGGAGUAGGGUAGCACUAAAUGACUUAUGGAGAAACAGAAAAAUAAAUGAUACCAUCUGGCUAAGGGAUUAUGCCAUCAGAGCCAGAAGUCUUCCCCUAGUUCAGAGAGCACAUUAACUUCAAUUCUAAUUUCAAGAUUAGAUAUAGUGGCACAUGCCUGUUGGACUCAGGAGGACAAGACAGGAGGAUUGCAAGUUUAAGCCAAGCCCCCCAAAUUUAACAAGACCCUCAGCAACUUAGUAAGACCCUGUCUCAAAAUCAAAACUAAAAAGGACUGGGGAUGUAGCUCAGUGGUAAAGUAUCGCUAGGUUCAAUCCCAUCUGCCACCAAAAAAAACAAAAAGACAUAUCAAAGAAACAAAGGUUAAAGGCAGCUGAAUUAACCGAAGACUGUCAAAGCAUUUCUUCUUCACUAUUUUAAGUAAUGAAAAAUUUAGAAAUUUAUUAGGCCCUAAUCAAUCACAUGAGGAGUUCUCUCAGUAAAAAGUAUCACUAAUGAGAAAUCCAGGCAAAAAGAAAGAGUAAUAUAUAAAAUUUGGUAAGCCAGGUAUGGUGGCUGGCACAUGCCUGUAAUUCCAGUGACUCAGGAGGCUGAGGCAGGAGGAUUGCAAGCUCAAAGCCAGCCUCACUAACCUAGUAAGGUGCUAAGCAACUUAGUAAGACCUUGUCUCAAAAUAAAAAAUAAAAAUACCGGGGACAUGGUUCAGUGGUUAAGCACCCCUGUGUUUAAUGUUUGGUACCAAUAAAAUAAAAUAUAUUUUUUUAAAAAAUUGGCAAAUAAUAGAAUAUAUGACUUGUUUAAGGCAAGAAUCUAACAUGGUUUUGUGGGUGGAACCCUCCUUGAUUUCUGGGUCUAAAAUAACUUUUGAAAGAAUUUUCUAAGAAAAUUAUUGCAUCUGAAUUAAUGACUGAAGUACUGAUAAAUGAUUGAAGUAACUCUGACAAUUAACAUUUGGCACAUAAAACAUUGAUUUAUCCAUUGUACACUGAGGUAUUCUUGAGAUUUGAUUUUAAGAAGCAGGAACCAGAACAAUUAUAGAAUUAGUGGUCAUGAAUCACAGGGACAACAAAGUGGCAUUGAGCAGAAAAGAAAGCAGUGAUCACAUUGUUAGGAUAAAUAGAAAUGGAUUAUACCUAUGUAGUGAGGGAAUGGGCAAGCAGCUCAGGAAAUCUUGGCAGAGGGGUUUUGCCCACUGGCACUGAUGAAGGGCUGUGUUUAAAGCUCCACAAGAGGUUCAUGAACUAGUUCUGUCCUGUUUUCUCAUCCAAGGGUUCUUCACUGACCUUACCCUCCUUCGGGUCAUUAAGAAAAGAGGAAAAGGUUUUAGAAAACAGAAAACUAAGCUCUUAUUCCAGAUAGCAUUAUAGUUACAAGAGUUGCCUUCAAAGCAGAAAUAAGAAGAGCAAGUUAGUGUUACACUAGGGGUCUCCCAACAGCAAAUUUGAAGGGGCCAAGAGUCCUGAGAAAGAGUUGAACAACAACAUAUUCUAAUCCCAAGCAUCUGAUCUGAGCAAAGUUGACAAAUGAAGUCGGUCAAGAGUGAAGGGAGAUUUCUCAGGACAACUGAGUCUUAGAGAAACUUAGUUCUAACGGCCCAUGGUAGGCAUGACUACAGCAGGUGAGGAAAGAGUAGCAUCUUCUUCUUUCCAUUGAGAAGUGAUGGUCUUUAGCUGAGUGUAGAACUGGAUGCCCUAAAGACAGCAAAGAAAAUGACGAAAGAGAGUUAACAUAUACUUCUGGUGGAGAAAGUCAUGAUUCUUCUUUGAAAGGACUUUUCAAGGUUGUUCUUUGAGUGCUACUCGUGUUCCUAUUUGAGCAACAGGUGCAACCAAAAUCCAAUGUGUUGUUUAUGAGAUAAUUUAAAAAAUAAUACAAUAUUGGACACAAGAGUAAAUAGUUCAUCCUUAGCCAUUAUUACUAUGCUGAAAUUAGAAUUUAUAAGCUAAGAGUGUCUAAAUGGAAAAAUAGGACAUGUAAUCUGUUAAACUUGCAGGUCAUUCUAUUAUAUUUUUCUUUUUCUUUUUUUUUUUUUAAUUCUGAUGCGCUGGGAAUUGAACCCAGGGCCUCAUAUGUGCUAGACACGUGCUCUGCCACUGAGCCAGAUCCCUAGCCCCUUGCAGAUCCUUCUGUUGCAGAGCUGAAUAACAUGUGCCCAUGUCAAUAGAUUUAACUCAAAUCAUGCCUCUACCCUUAUUUUUUGUUAUUUGUUUGUUUACUUUGCAGUACUGGAGAUUAAACCCAGGGGUAUUCUACUGCUGGUCUCCAUUCCUGCCCCCUUUUUGAGACAGGGUCUCACUAAAUUGCCAGGCUGGCCUCAAAUUUUCAAUCCUCCUACCUCAGCCUCCUGAGUUGCUGGGAUUAUAGGUGUGUUCUAAUGCACUGUCCUGCAUGACCCUUACUAACUGUAGCUUGACCUUGAGUCUGAUUGACUUAACAUGCACACUAUAGCAAUGUUGUAAGGAGAAAAUGAAUGACAUACAAAAAUAUUGUAGCAAAGUUACUACUGCUCAACAAUUGUUAGUCAUUCUUUCCUUCCCAUGAAAAAGAAGAAGGAAUAGAGUAGGAAAUAUAUGUUAGGCCAUUUCUGAUAACUGUGUGAUAAUGAGCUUUCUAUUGUAGAGACAACAGAGUUUCUGUAGCAAAUCAAUGGUUUAACAAGAAAAGAAACAUUGCAAGGAGGGAGAGGCCAAGGAGAAGCUGCUUUAGAUUAAAUAAAGAGACGUAAGAAGUUAAAAAUGAGAGGGGUGGGGAGGGGGGAAUAUAUUGUGCAGAUAUAACACUUAUAAAAUUAUUAGCAAACUAGAAAGAUGGAAAAAAACUUCCUUGAUUGAAAUGCUCUUAUAGAAUUAUUUGACAAAAUCUGGGCCAUUUUUUUUAAUACUCUUUUUUAAAAAAUACCUUUAUUGGGCUGGGGUUGUGGCUCAGCGGUAGAGCACUCACCUGGCACACUUGAGGCCCUGGGUUUGAUCCUCAGCACCACAUAAAAACAAAUAAACAAAAUAAACGUAUUGUGUACAACUAAAAAAUAAAUAUUAAAAAUAUAAAAAUAAAUAAUAAAAAUAAAAUAAAAAUACCUUUAUUUAUGUAUUUUUAAGUGGUGCUUAGGAUCGAAUCUAGCAUGCCUCGCACGUGCUAGGCAAGUGUGCUAUUGCUGAGCCACAACCCUAGCCCCAAUCUGGGCCAUUUUAAUAUGUUGAAAACAAAUUUCAAUAUAAAGAUACAACCCUUUUUUUUUUUUUUUUUGGUACCAUGGAUUGAACCCAGGAAGCUUAACCACUGAACAAUAUCCCCAGCCCUCUUUAUUUGUAAAUUUGGAGACAGGGCCGUGCUAAGUUAUUUAGGUCCUUGCUAAGUUGCAAAAGCUGGCUUUGAAUUUGUGAUCCUCCUACCUCAGCUUUCUGAGUUGCUGGAACUACAGGUAUGUACCAUCACACCCAGCAAACAUACAACUAAUUUUUACAAUUUCCUUUUUGUUUUUGAGACAAGGUCUUGCUCUAUUGCUGAGACUAGUUUCAAACUCCUGGGCUUAAGUGAGCCUCUUGCCUCAGAUUCCCAAGUAGCUGGGACUACAGACAUGUGCUACCAUGCAAAGUUUGACUUUCAUAUUUUAUUAUGUAAAGUAAUACUUUCAUAUCUUCUUUCCAAAAUGCCAAGUAGCAUUUAAUAACAUAAAGAUUUAAGAAUUCAACCAUGUAUUCAUUUUUUUCCUCCAAAGAAGCCUAUCUUACCCCAGCGUAUUUAUAGUAAUUAAACCAAGAUGGCAGUUUGUGGGAGGAAAAAAACUAUUUUUUAAAAAUAUUUUUGGUUGUAGAUGGACACAAUAUAUUUUAUUUUUAUGUGGUGCUGAGGAUCCAACCCAGUGCCUCACAUGUGCGAGGGAAGCAAUCUACCACUGGGCUACAAUCCCAGAUUGAGAAAAAAAAACUAUAGUUUUACCGCUUCCCUUAUAAGAAAUGCUUGUUACUAGUAUCAAACUACAGAUGGUCUAUGAUUUGCUAUUUUUCCAUAUUAAGAUGGUGCAAAAGCAAUGUGUUUUCAAUAGAAAUUGUACUUCAAAUUUUGAUCCCUUUUUGGGCUGCAAUAAGCAAUAUGAAUUAUCAGCCCCAAGCCCAUGAGGGUUGAAUAUUCUGUUGUUUUAACUAUGAUGUUCAGUAGAUUAGGUGUAUGAUAUUUUUAACUUACGAUGGGUUUAUUGGGAUGUAAUCCUAUCAUAAGUUGAGGAGUGUCUAUAGACACUUAUGUAAGGUAAUACUUUCUUAACUAGUUAGCCGUAUCUUAAGCAUAUAGCCAUAACUAUCAUAUCUAUUGGAUAAUGUUUAAUUAAUUUUAAAUUUUAAAUUAUUAGACAGGGUCUCAUUAAGUUGCCCUGUCCUUGAACUUGCAAUCCUCCUACCUCAGCCUCAUAAAUCACUGGGAUUACAGGUGUGUACCACCAUGCCUGGCUUCCAAAAAGAAAUCACCUCUAAUCACCAUUAUCCCUUUCUUUGAUGCUAGGUAGUAUGCCUCAUGUGUUUCCAUUGCACAUUGAAAAGUGUUUGAUACAAAGAAGGUAUUUUUUGUGUGUGUGUGUUUGGUGCUGGAGGUUGAACCCAAGUCUUUGUGCAUGCUAGGUAAAUACUCUACCACUGAGCUAUGCCCCAGCCCUGAAUAAAAUUUUUGAUACAUAAACAAUUAUUACAGGAAAAAUAUGUGCAAUGGGAACACAUGAGGCAUACUACCUAGCAUCAAAGAAGGGGAUGAUGAAGAUUAGAAGUGAUUUAUUUCUAGAAGAAUAGCAGAGAAAAUGGCAAAUACAAAGGCCUGGACUUGCCAGGCAUGGUUGUGAAUGCCUGUAAUCCCAGCUACUCAGGAGGCCGAGGCAAGGAGGAUUGCAAGUUCAAGGCCAGGGCAACUUAAUGAGAUCCUGUCUCAAAAAAAUAGGCUGGGGAUAUAGUUCAGUGGUAAAGCACCUCUGGGUUCAAUCCCUAGUACUACAAAAACAAAAAUAAACAAAACAAGACAAAACAAAACCCACCAAAACAAAGGCCUAGACUUCCUCAUGCUGUUUUCCCCCAACUUUUUUGCCUUAAGUUGUUCAAGAAUAAGCAACUUUGUUAACGUUUCAUUAACUUUUUAAAAUUUUUUUAUUCUUUUUUAGUUAUACAUGACAGUAUAAACCAUUUUGAUAUAUUUACACAAGCCUGGAAUAUAUUCUAAUUAGGAUCCCAGUCUUAUGGAUGUACACACGAUGGUGAAAUUCACUGGGGUGUGUUCAUAUAUGUACAUAGGAAUGUUAUGUCAGAUUCAUUCCACUGUCUUUCCCAUUCCUAUCCCACCUCCUUUCCCUUCAUUUCACUUUGUCUAAUCCAUUGAACUUCUACUCUUUCCCUCCCUACCCUUAUUAAUUCUUUUCUAGGGGACUAUCUGAGAAAUACUUCAGAACAACAUGUGACCUCACAGAAGCUGCUGGCAUGUCCUUCUCUGCAGAAUCCUUGUUUCUGAAUAUGUUUAAGAAAAUUUCUUAAAGGAAAAAAAUUUGACUCAAAAGUUACCUGUUUGCCAUAGAAAUUGGUGUCUCCCCUGAAAGAUGAUCGAGAACCAGUGAAUGAGAACAUUGGCAAAGGCACUGGAAUAGGGACAUUCACUCCCACCUAAAAGCAGAACAAAUCUACAUCAAAUACUAAGCAAAGAACUCAAACUAUAGACUCUCUAUUUAGAAGCAUAAAAACAAAGACGGAUUUAUUUUUCUUUUUUAAAAAAUCAAUUUAUAUUUUAUGGGGUUUUUUUUGGGGGGGAGUGGGUGGUAUUUAUUUUUUUGAGAGACCAUUUUAAAUUGCUAGCUUCCAUCCCAUUCUUCACUCUAUGAACUUUUAUUACUGAGGAAGAAAUGGAGCAUUGUGGAAGAUUAAAGGGACAACCUUUAUAGAAGCUGCAAUGACUGAUCACUGUCUACUGUCUCCUCUUAGGAAUCCCUAAGAGCUGUGAGAAUCUACAAACCUGUCCCACAUCGACCAGGUGGGAAUAUUUCCGAGCAGUGGCUCCAUUGGUGGUGAAGAUGGCAGUUCCAUUUCCAUAAGGGUUGUCGUUUACGAUCUUGAUGGCUUCAUCUAAUGUUUCUGUCUCCAGAACCACAAGAACUGGACCAAAAAUCUCUUCUUUGUAACAGGUCAUAUUUGGCUGUCAGGAAUGAUCAAUCCAGAAAAGAAGUGAGCUCUUUGGAUUCUAUGUAUUUUAUACUCAACCUGGUAAUUUUACUUACUACCCACUAGUUUACGUAGAAUUCUUUCAUGUUAGCAAUCUCUUUCCAUUUUUAAAUUACUUAUUAAAAACUCUGUUCCAUCUUCCAAACUAUCAACAUAUAGACAACCUGAAAUUCCUAUUAAUUAUAACCACACUCUGUACUUUUAGUUCCCACAACUCAUCACUAGCUUCCUUUGUAAUAGCUGUACAACUUGUUUCAUACAAUUGUUAUGUUACCAAAAAGUUACAUGAAAAUUUUUUUAUAAAUCAAAUAUAUAUAAAAUAUCAGAUUAUUUUGUUUACAGAAAGCCUGUGCUAAGUUCUCUGAAACAAAAACACUCCAUUCCCACUUAUCCUUUACCUCCAAAAUUUAACUAUGUACAUUUAUAUUUUGAUAUUGUGUCAUAUAUAAAAACACCUAAAACAACCUUCACCACUACACCUAAUCAGCUGUGUUUAUUGUUGAUAAGUGGGUUUUUCUUCUAUCAUUCUGUGGCAAGAGACUUCAUAGUUUCUACCACACUUACAUUCAAUUCUUGGUUAUUUAGGAUUGUAAUGACAAUAUGUGAAUUUCAAAAAAGGUUCCUAACUUCACUUUAGUCAUGAAUGUCAGCUGAGAGACUUUCAGAGUUUUGAUAAAUAAAAACUGACAGACCACUUCUUUUUGACUUUCUCGUGAAGAUGUAGCUAAAUUUUGGGCCCAGAGUAGUUAUACCCAAUUGAGUAGUCGAUACAGAGAUUGAGACAUUGCAAUAGCUAUGAGGUAGGUUGCAAGAAGGAAGAGAAAAGUUACACUAAAUAAGGAACCAGUAUAGUAUAAGACAAGGGUUGACAAACAAGUACCUGUGGGCCAAAUAUAGAUACUAUCUGUUUUUGUAUAGGUCAUAAGCUAAGAAUGGUUUCUACUUUUUUUUUUUUGAAUUGGGGAUUGAACUCAGGGGCACUCAACCAUGGAGUCACAUGCUCAGCCCUAUUUUGUAUUUUAUUUAGAGAUAGGGUCUCACUGAGUUGCUUAGUACCUCACCGUUGCUGAGGCUGGCUCUAAACUCACAAUCUUCCUGAGCUGCUGGGAUUACAGCAAACACCACCGUGCCCAGCUCUACAUUUUUAAAUGGUUGAAAAAAAAUCAAAAGACUACUUCAUGACAUGUAAAAUGAUACAAAAUUCAAAUGUAUGUCCAUAAAUAAAGUUUUAUUGGAAUACAGCCACAUAAUGCUGAUUUCCCAUUACAAGUCAGAAUUGAGUAAUUGUGACAGAGAUUAUAUAUUUCUGAAAAGCUGAAAAUAUCUAGCUCUUCAUGGAAAGUGGCCUGGAUGGGGCUCAGGAGAGGAGACUCCAAAUUAAAAUAAGUGAACAAUCCCGGCCAGACUUGAGGUCUUAAUCAUUAAAUGUCUUCAUUUAUAAACCAGAAGGAAAGCUUCCAUAGCCUCUAAGAUUCCUUCAGCUUUCAUAUUUGUGAAAUGAUUGAGUUGUUCACCUUGACAUUUGAGAUGAUGGUUGGUCCAACAAAGUUACCAUUUUCAUAACCUUUCACUUUAAUUUUUCGCCCAUCCAGAAGGAUGGAAGCUCCCUCCUUUGUUCCACUAUCAAUCAGAUUACAGACUCGCUCUUUGGCCUGGGGAGUGAUCAGAGGGCCAAGAUCAGCUCCAGGC